AUCUAGACUCUUAAUGUCAGUCUUUAUCAAAAGUCAAAAAGGAUGCAAAAAAGCGUUGCUGCUUUAUUCAAACUAAGACGGUAUCUAUUCAGUCAUUUUUGCAUGUUUAAAUUAUUUAAUGCAAAAUACUAGUCCAAAAGAAUGUAAAAAAGGGGGAUGGGGCAGUGUGUUACUCGGGUAUUUUAAAACACAAACAGAUGAUAUACAAAGUCAACAAAAUAAUGUAAUAAUUAGGGAAAACUUGUUAUACUCUACUAGACAGUUUGAACUCCAAUGUAGUUUUUCUUUUCUUUUCUUUUCUUUUUCUUUAAUAGUGACGCUGAUCCCCUGCAGGAGCCCCUGGACAGCCUUUGGUCGGGGAGUGUCUGCAUAUUAAACGGGCUGGACAGAUUUGGCGAGGCGCCGGAAGCGGCAGGUUGUGGUGGAGGACAACAGAGAGGACGGAGCGGGACGCGCAGCGCAGUUAUCCUCCUCAUCUCUCACCUGUAGCUGUCGUAUUUUACGUAGGAAAAGCGGAGCCAUGGCUCUGACCCAGGAAGCCGUGUUGUGUUUUCUGCUGGAGCGCGGAGGCAAAGUGAAAAAUUCCGAGCUGGUGAACCAUUUCAAGAGCCUCAUCAACAGCGGCGAUCCCGCGGAAAAGCAGCACAAUAGAGAGCUGUUCAAGAAGCUGGUGAACAGCGUCGCGGUGGUCAGACAGAUCGACGAGGUGAAGUUCGUGGUGGUGAGGAAGAGGUACCAGGACUUUGUGAAAGAGGAGAUGGAUCAGAGCCUUUUCGGUCAAACCGCGAACAGCAACGCGCGGCGCUCGUCAAGUGUAAGCAACUACUACAGUGAUGAUAAAAGCUGCGUGGAGAGUUUGCAGGAAAGCGGGCCUGCUGUAUCCACGGCGGAUUCGGCCACGGUUAAAGUCCUGAAUAUCUCCCGAGAUCAGCCGUGCAGAGCGAGUAAAUCCGGGGCUGUGUUCGCUGUCAUAGCAGUCAGAUCCCCAGAGAGAGACUCCGCAGCGGGAGCAAGAGACGGAUUACGCUCCCAGGUGCAUCAGCAGCAUGGAAACCCUGACAAAGCAGCCAUCCGAGUUCCAUCACUCCCAGCUCCAACUUCCAACUCCUCAUCUCAUCAGAGGGAGUUAAUAAAAGAGCCUCAGUGUUGGAAAUCCAAGCAGACAGAAGCCAAGCAGGCACCAGGUUCUCCCCUGGUGAGGCCCCAAAACAAGACCCUCAGACAGGCUGAUGAUGAGUCUGUGCCUUUGGAGCCAAUAGCCCAUGAGUGGCUUGUUAAGUGUGCUGCUGGGUUGUGGGGACAAAUAUAUGCUUUGCUGCUGCAGGACACACGCUUAGCACAGAAGAAGGAUUUCAUGUCAGGUUUCACAGCCUUGCACUGGGCUGCAAAGGACGGCAGCUGUGAGAUCAUACACAAACUCAUUGAUGUUUCCAGCAAAAGAGGCACCUGCGUGAAUGUCAACAGCAAAGCACACGGAGGGUACACGCCUUUGCACAUUGCAGCCAUGCAUGGUCACUCUGAGGUCAUGGUUGCUCUCGUGCAGCGCUACGGAGCCAGCGUGAGCGAAAGGGACAAUGACGGCAAGAAGGCGCUUCACUACCUGGGGAAAGGUGCGUCGGCUGAGGUCAGGGCCCUACUGGGAGGACCUCAGCAGAGCGGAGAGAAGAUGGAGGGCGAGGAGUACAAGGAGCACACAAGAGGCUUCAACACUAUCAGCAAACUGUUCCACCCUCACUUAGGAAAGAAACAUAAGACUUGCAGGUUUGCUCAUGAGUGGUAAGAGGGGCCCACAAGUGAAUCUAGGGAUGUCACAACUGUUAAGAUAUGGACAGCUGGUAAAACAAAAACAUGAUUCGAUUUUAUUUUAACCAACAAGAUGUACCUGUACCAGAAUCAUCAUUGUUAUUUUUGAUUUAGAUUUCACCAAAUAUGUCAAAUAGUCUCCGCCUUGAUAGAGUUGUGGUUUUGAAAUCAACAUUUUUUUCAAGUUAAGUUAUUUAUCCUUAUGUCCUAUAUAGAUUAAUGCAACCUAAUUUGUCUGGCUGUCCACUUCUGCAGCUGGUCUUCAGUGAGCUGGACAGACAUGGCACAUGCAGCUUUCACGUUGGUGAAAAAGUGCAGGGGCGAAGGGCUGGAUUACUCUUUGAUUUAUACUGCAAAACUGUAUUUACUCCAGAUAUAUGUCUGAUAUAUAAUUUAAAGGACUUUAAACCCUUCAAGAGGCAUGGUGGAAACAUUUUGGUGGAUUUAAAACCUUUGUGUACCUUGACGCAGCCAAUCCACAGCUAGUGUACUGUCUUGUACAGCUUUGUACAGUGUAUCACUGGUUUGAUAAGCUUACUAUUUAUGCAUAGUAUAUCAUUUUUGUUUAUUAGUAUUAACGACGAAUGACUCAUUUUCAACAAAUUGUAAUGUUUACGUUUUUCUUUUAACCUAAUGUGUAAAAUACCUGUAGAUGUAACUUUUGAUUUUGUAGCACUGCUGUUUCUUUGUUGUUGUAUUUAUUGACUAAUGAACACUGACCAUAAAAACACAGCAGGCUAAUGAAACACGGACUUCCAAAAUACAAAAUUUGUAGAAAGCACAUUGGAUUAAAAACCUGCUGAUUCUUCUCUGUCUUA